AUGUGUCGGACGCCAUCUAGUCUUAACGCUCUUCGACGACUGAAAUACGUCAAUUACGCAGGAGCACCGCUAUCAGCCAAGUCGGCGGAUCUACUGACGCCCUACACGAGACUAGCCCCGUCUAUCGGCAGCACAGAGGGAGGGGGUUACUUCACCAAGACCGCACCGAACAAGGACGUCCCUUACGACUACGUUGCGUUCCAUGAUCUUGCCGGCGCGGUGUUCGAGCAUCUGUAUAAUGGCCUCCACGAGCUGGUGUUUGUACGGCAAGCGGACCAUUCCAUCCAACAGAUAUUCUUCGUAUACCCAGAUCGAGACCGCUACGAGACGAAGGACUUGUGGAUGGAGCAUCCGACUCAAAAGGGGUACUGGAAGAUUGUCGGUCGCACGGAUGACUAUGUGUAUCUGUCUCAUGGGGACGGGUUGCACGCGUCGCUGUUGGAGCCGGAGAUCGAGGCCCAUCCUGCGGUGCGGGCGGCCUUGAUCGGGGGAUAUGGUCGCCCUGCGCCGGUGCUGAUUGUGCAGCUCUAUAAGGAGUACGAGAGUAGUGAGCGAGGGGAGAUGGUGGACAGUCUGCGGCCCUAUAUUGACAAGGUCAAUCUGCGGUGUCAUGAUUGCGUCAAGCUUUCGCCUGGGCGGGUGAUAUUUGCGACGAAGGAGAAACCGUUCGUACAGACUGUCAAGGGGAGCGUCGCUCGUGGGUCGACGUUGGCGGUGUAUGAGGAUGAGAUUGAGGGUUUGUUUUCUUAA